AUAUUUAAAAACCAUUAAUAAAAUAUUAUAAAAAAAACGUACAAAAAAAAACCAAGUGAAGACAAAACGAAAACAGAACACAGUGAAGAGAAGAGGAAAGAGAGAGAGAGAGAGAGAGAGAGAGAGAGAGCGAGCGAGAAGAAGUAGAAGAUGAUGAUUUCUCGGAGACCCGUUUCGAGUCCGGGUCGGGUCGAGAAAUAUCCACCGCCUUUUAUGGGGUUUCUGAGGAGUAAGAGUAACGGCGGAAGUACAAGUAGAAGCCGAAGCAGAGGAAGGUCACGCGCGAGUCCUCUCUUCGUUCGCCGGAAUAAAUCAGCUGCGGCGGUUGCUCAAGAACCGUCGUCUCCUAAAGUUACUUGCAUGGGUCAAGUCCGAGUCAACCGAUCGAAGCCCAAAACUAAACCCGAAUCUCGAGAUAACCCGACCCGACGACGAUGCAAGUGGAUCCGAAACGCGUCGUUUAACAAAUUCGCCGGGAAAAUCAAAACGCUGUCGUUUUGGCCUAAAUGGAGAUUGUUUUCGUUUCCGUGUUCUCGUCGGGAAUUGAAGGAGAAAGAUUCUCCGAUAAGCCAAUUAGAUCGUCCGGCGACGGAACCAGUCCAAGAAAUUAAAUUUGAAAUCGAAGAAGAAGAAGAAGAAGAAAAUUUCGAAAACCCUAAAUUAUGUGUGUCUCCGACUACAACGCCGCCGAUUGACGCGCUUUUGUUAACGAGAAGCCGAUCUGCACCGUAUAGAUCGUCGUCGUUGGCUUUUAGAUUCUGGGAAGAAAACAACCAACGAGCAGCUGAAUCACAGAGAUCGGAGAAAACUGUAUCGGAAGUUCCCACCGAGAAGAUCAAUGGUGUUUACGAGUCGGAGAAUGUUGACAAGAAGCAAAUCGGAGCCGGCGAGGAUCGGGCGAGAAGAUGAUGAAGAAGAAGGUUAGGGGGGUAGGGUUUAGUUCUCUCUCUCUCACGUGAUUGACUUUAGUCAAAUUCACUAAUUUUAAUUAAUCGUCUUUAAUUGUAAUUGUUAGGAUUAAACUGACCGUGUUUAGAAGAUAUAGAGGAAACCCAAUUUGUAAUUGUAUAGUAAGAUUUGUAAUCCAUCCAUCCAUCCACACAUAUAAUAUAACGUAAGGUGUAUGUAUGUCUUAUUUGGCAUUAAAAACAAAAAUGUUUGACAAUACAUUAUAUACAAAUCGUUCCCAAUUUGUAAAUUACACUAUCUGUUUUAUUUU